AUGGCGGACAUAGAGGCCAGCGUAUCCAAAGAUGGCGCCGAAGAGCGUAUCACGCCGGUAUUGAAUGAGAAGCGGCAGUGGUAUCGGAGUACGCUCUUCAAUGCCUGUGUUAUCGGUGGUGUUGGGUUUCUAGCACCUGGUUUAUGGAAUGCAAUGAACUCUCUAGGUGCUGGCGGAGCCGAAUCGCCAUACUUGAUCAACGCCGCCAAUGCCUUGGUAUUCGGAUUAAUGGGCUUUUUUUGCCUAUUUGGUGGCCCAAUCGCCAAUAGAAUAGGGCUGUCUUACACACUUCUUCUUGGAGCCCUCGGCUACCCGAUUUAUUCUGCUGGUCUCUACACAAACAAUCGCUUUGGUAACGAAUGGUUCGUGCUUGUCGGUGCCGUGGCCUGCGGAAUAUCAGCCGGACUCUUUUGGGCAAGUGAGGGAGCCAUCGCUCUCGGAUACCCAGAACCUUCGAAGCGAGCCAGGUACUUGAACAUAUGGGUCUGGUUCCGGACAUUGGGACCCAUUGUUGGCGGUUCUAUUGUCUUGGGCUUGAACGUAAAAACUUCCGGUAAAGGGAGCGUUGGCUAUGUGACCUACAUCAUUUUCAUUGUUUUACAAUGUUUGGCAGCUCCCUUGGCAUUGUGUCUAUCUCCACCCCACAAAGUCCAACGAAGCGAUGGAUCGCGUGUCAUUGUCAAACGAGAAGCAUCGUUCUUUGCUGAGUUCAAGGCUCUGUAUCACCUAUCGAGGAGACGUAACGUUCUGCUUCUUCUUCCGAUCUUCUGGGCUGCUUAUUUCAAUCAGUACACUGGCAACUUUGAAGCUUACUACUUCAGCGUACGUGGCCGUGCUUUGAUCGGCUUUGUAAGCAACUUUGCUACGCUGUUGUCCUCGCAGAUUCUUAGCCAGUGGCUCGAUUGGACCCGUUUUUCCGUUAAAAAGCGUUUGGAAUAUGCAUUUUAUUAUGUCGUUGCAGUACAUAUUCUCUCUUGGGUAUACGGCUGGGUUGUUCAAGAACAGUUUACUUCUAAUCCUCCACUCUUGGACUGGAGCACGCCCGGCUACGUCAAAGGCUUUUUUGUGCUGUUUUUAUGGAACUUUUCACAACAGGCGGCCCAGAACUGGCUAUACUAUCUUGUUGCUACCAUGACGAAUGAUGUAGCAGAGCUCACUCGCUUGACGGGUAUUCUGCGUGGACAAGAAAGCUUUGCUCAAGCCGUGUCAUAUGGCCUCAAUACAAGAAACUGGUAUGGAGGACGAGUGCCCCUGGCCGUUAACACAAUACUCCUUGGGCUGGCAAUUGUCCCGACUUACCUGGUUGUUCGUAGCCACGAGCCAGAUGAGUCGGAAAAGGAAUCCGAGUCCACAUCUUCGGAGAGAAACUAUGAGAUUACUGAGCCGAAUAAGGAGGAAACGAAUUAG